AUGGGCGAUGUUAUCGGGCCAGGUGGAGGCAGCUACCAGCACGUCGUGGCCCUGGCCCAGGCCCUCGUGGAACUGCGCCACCGCCGCUACGUCACUCCCAGGCAAGCCAGAGAGAUCACCGCUCUCUGGCUGAAGUUGAGUGAUUGGGACAAGGCAGCGGUCAAAUUCCCCCCCCCCCCGUCACCAGGGCCGGCUUGUCCAAGGCCGAUUCCGGACCACCCAGCGGCACGCUCACAUGCCAGGGGUGUGGAUAGUGUGAAGCGUGCGGUCCUGGGCAAGGGGGCGGGAGCGGCGCAGUCUCCCGAUGUGUCGAGGCUUGUGGGGGCUGUCCUGCUGGACCUCAGCAUCCUCCACUGCAGCGAGGGCAGGAAGAUUGCCGGGGUCUGGAUUCCUCGCUGGGGUGCCGUCAUGAGGGACUAUCUAACAAUUCGCGAGAAUGUUUAUAGUUGUGCAGCCCUCAUGACGAGCACCCGCAUCCAGCUAUAUGAUGUCAAUCGGCGGACCCUGACACAAUGGCACAACCAGAGGAGCAAGGCCAUGAUGAGGGACACCAUCGCCAUUGCAGUCCUGGGGCCCAGCACUCCCCAGACUGCAGCGGAGCCCCUGCCUGCCCCACCGACUGUGCUGCAGCAGCCUGAGCAGCCAGACCAGCCCCUCCAGCACCGCCUGCCCACGGACGCUUCUGGUCCUGGACCUCAUCGUCGCCAGCUCCUCCACUGCCUACUCCUCCUCCUCAUCAGCCACCCCACAAGCCUCCAGCGCGGACGCCGUCCUGUCAACCAGCGUCAGUGCGGAGGCCGGUGACAUCCCCUCCACAGCCACAGCUGCCACUGCUCCACCAGUGCCAAGGAACACCGCCUGGAGGCGCAAGCUCCAGGAGGAGAAAGAGCAUGGUGCCGGGAGCUGGGAGAACACUUAAAACCAGCAAAGAAGGUCUCCCACUUUAACUGCAGGCGCAGUGGCCAACCGAAGACGCGGGCGUUUGGCCACAGCCGCUACAAGAAGGAGACCUUCUGCUCCCGGGCCGAGGGGAAAGGGAGAACUGUGGAGCAGUGGCUGGCAGAGGUGAAGGGGCGUGAUGGAGCAGCCCCCCCUGCCUGAGCGAACACUUCACUUUGUGUGUGUGUGUGUGUGUGAGUGAGUGAUGGGGCGGCUCCCCCUCUCUGAGCG